AUGGCGAUUCCAGUUAUCGACUUGUCGAAGAUUGAUGGUCCAGAGCGGGCCGAGACGAUGGCCCGCAUCGCAAAUGGAUGCGAGGAAUGGGGAUUCUUUCAGCUCGUAAACCAUGGAAUUCCAAUGGAGCUUCUUGAAAGAGUGAAGAAAGUCUGUGCUGAGUGCUUCAAGUUGGAAAGAGAGGAACGAUUCAAGGACUCAAAUGCUGUCCAUUUGCUGAAUGGCUUGUUGGAAGGAAAGAAGGACGAAGCGGGCCAUCGAUUGGAAAACAUCGACUGGGAGGAUGUGUUUACUCUUCAAGACGAUAACGAAUGGCCAUCCGAACCAGUGGAAUUCAAGGUAACAAUGAAGGAGUACCGAAGAGAAUUGAAGAAACUUGCUGAGAAGAUCAUGGAAAUCAUGGAUGAGAACUUGGGUUUGGAGAAGGGAUACAUAAAGAAAGCAUUCAGCGGCGGUGAUGGACUAGAACACCAGCCAUUCUUCGGCACCAAAGUGAGCCACUACCCACCAUGCCCCCACCCAGAUCGAGUGAUCGGCCUCCGGGCCCACACCGAUGCAGGUGGGGUCAUCCUACUCUUCCAGGACGACAAAGUGGGCGGUCUCCAGAUCCUCAAGGACGGCCAAUGGAUCAACGUCCAGCCAUUAGCCAACGCAAUCGUGAUCAACACCGGCGAUCAGAUAGAGGCCCUCAGCAAUGGUCAGUACAAGAGCGUGUGGCACCGCGUGUUGGUGACCGAUGACGGGAACCGGAGAUCGAUCGCGUCUUUCUACAACCCUUCACUCAAUGCCACCAUUGCACCUGCACCACUGCUGGUGGGGGAUGAACAAGCAUACCCAAAGUAUGUGUUUGGUGAUUACAUGUCAGUUUAUGUUAAGGAAAAGUUCCUCCCUAAGGAGCCUAGGUUCCAAGCUGUGGGGUCCAUGUGA